AUGACUUCGGUGUGGAAAAGGCUACAGCGCGUAGGCAAAAAGGCUUCAAAGUUUCAGUUUGUCGCUUCUUAUCAGGAACUUGUUUUGGAGUGCACCAAGAAAUGGCAACCAGACAAGCUAAGGGUGGUGUGGACCAGGAGGAACAGGCGCAUGUGCUCCAAGCUCCAUGGCUGGCAGCCUGGAAUCAAGAACCCCUACAGGGGCAUGGUGGUGUGGCCCGUCCCAGAAAACGUCGACAUCUCUGUCACUCUCUUCAAGGAGCCCAAUGCAGAUGAGUUUGAGGACAAAGAAUGGACAUUUGUCAUUGAGGCUGAGAACAAGGGUCACCGGAAGGUCCUGGCGUCUGCUGACAUCAACCUGAAAAGUUUUGCCAGUCCCACAAUGAGCCAGACGGACCUGACCCUGAACCUGAAGCCGCUCUCUGUCAAAGUGGUGGAAGCCACGCUCAAGCUGUCGCUGUCGUGUGUGUUUGUCCGUGAAGGAAAAGCCACUGAUGAAGACAUGCAGAGUCUCGCCAGCUUGAUGAGCGUCAAACCCACAGACAUCGGGAACCUGGACGACUUCAAUGAAAGCGACGAGGAUGAGGACAAGAAGUCUGUGACUGCUUCAGAGCAGAGGAGGUGUGAAGAGGAGCGCUGUCUGUCUUGUCUGCGUCUGCCUGUCGCUCAGUCCACUCUCGUCCUCCUCUACCCAUUGCCCCUCAGCCCUCACCCCGUCGCUCCCGACAUGCUGCCCCCGGUGGCUCUGUCCAAUCAGAACCUUACCUUAGCCCCUCUCCUCAGCCCUCACCUAGAUCCAAGCAUAAAAAAACAACCAAUACUGCUGUCUCCGAGUCUUCGGCUGUUUCUGAUCCUCCAAAGAUCCAGUGUGACCCACAAGCCCAUCUCUAUCACCACAAAGCCCCCCCCAACCAAAACUUCCUCUCCACAAAAACUCAUUCAGUCCUCUGAAUCUCCAUCUGCUCACCCAUCCGUCACCUGGACCAUCUCUCAGCCUCCCUCUCUGCCCCGAAUCUUCCAGUCAGGCUCAGCCAAAGGUACCAAGAGCCUGGCCGCUCCAUACCAGCAGCGCCCCCCAGAGGUUCCCAGUGCAGAUGAUUCUGCCUCAGUCUCUGGUUCCUCUCACAUUUUCAGACCUCAGGUUGUUAAAUCCUUUGCCCGGCCCACCUCUCCCUCUCCUUUUUCUGCUGAUGCUGCUCAGCUUGCACAAACACCACCUGUCCCUAAGUCUUCCACUUCUAGAUCAGAGCCAGGCACUCAGGGGGUGAAGCUCCCUCCUGACUUUUUAACAGGUGGCGACAUCACCCCAGUCCCUCUGUUGACUAGUCCAGAUCUUGAUGCUCUCUGGGAACCAGAGACUUCAGCCUCUUCCACUACCCUUCCACUCGCUGCUUCCUCCCCCAGCUCUUCUCUUCCCACCCAUACCCAAACUUUCCUCUCCUCCCCUAUCUCUGUCACUCAUCCUUCUGCUCCUCCUGCUCAGAUCAGCUCCUCUCAGUCAGGCUCAACACCGUACCUCUCUCAGCUGAAUAAAGAGACAACUUUAAGCCCUGCGAGCCAAGGCAAAGGUUCUUCUCCAAAUGGCCAGGCAGUGACAAACAGCAGAAUACCUAACCAGCCAGUCAAAGCAGCCCUGGAUUCAAAGGUGGCCUUCACAGAAAAGAAAGCGGGAUCAGGAAAGAUAAGUCCUGCCCAGUCCCGCUCAGAGCUGAUAAUAGCCCCGCCCCCUCCUUGGCCUUUCUCCUGCUGUGAGCAGUCCAACACAGCACAGUCCUCCACCACUGUCGUGGCAGCUUUUAUCACCCAUAAGCUGCCAAAAGUUGCGGGGCAAACCGAUAGGAACAAGCCCACCAAUGAGAGUGUUAAGAGUCCUGAUAAGGUCCAAAAGGUGCCCCUGGCAAAGCCUGAGCCUGACUUUGAUGACAUCAAUAAUGAGUCACUUAACCAAAGUCAAGAAUCAGGGGGCUUGUUUCUGGAAGAGGAUGACUCAAAGCGUGAUACUAUCAAACGGUGUCCACCAGGUCUUGAACAGAAAACCAGUGAGGAAAAAGCAUCACUGACAAAGCAGUUAGAGGGAGCUGCGGUGGGGAAGGAGCAGGGGAGGCAGAGGGAGUCAGACAUUCACGGUGAACAAGUGGAGGAGCGGAAGAAGAAAGAGGAGGACCAAAAAGAGAUGCUCUUGAAGCAGGAGGAGAAGAAGAAACAUGAGGAAGAGAAGAAGAGACUGCUGGAAGAGGAGAAGCGGAGACUCUUACAGGAGGAGGAAGAGGUGAAGAGAGAGAAAGAAAGAAGGAAACGUGAAGAGGAAAGACUUCUGAAGGAGAAGAGGGAAAAACAAGAGCGACUGAGGGAGGAGGAGGAAAGGAGAAAGAGGGAAGCAGACGAGAGGAAUAAAGAAGAAGAGAGGAAGAUCCUGGAGCAAAAGAAAGAAAAGGAAAAGAUCCAGAGGGAAGAGGAGAAAAGACUGGAGAGAGAAAAACUCAUGGAGAAAAUGAAAGAGGAGGAGAGAAUGUUACUGGAGAAAAAAAUGCUGGAAGAGCAAAGAAAGAGGAGGGAGGAUGAGAAAAAGAGGCUGUUGGAGGAGGAAGAGAGGAAGAAGAUGGAGGAAAGAAAAUUGAAAGAGGCCAAAGAGAAGGAACAACAAAAAAUGAUAGAGGAGGAAAAGAGAAGAAAGCAGGAAGAGGAGGAAAGAAACAAACUUGAGAAAGAGAAAGAGAAGAUGAAGAGAGAUGAGGAGGAGAGAAGACAAGAACAAGAAAGAAAGAGGAGGGCAGAUGAAGAAAAAAAGAGAGCGGAAGAGGAAGAGAGAAAAAGGGCCAAAGAGGUGGAAGAAAGAAGAAAGAGGGAGGAGGAUGAAAGACAAAAAGAGAAAAAGAGAAAGGAUAAGGAGGAUAAGAGAAAAGAAGAGGAGAGAAAAAGGCUGGCGGAUGAAGAGACUAAGCGUAGGCAAGAUGAGGAAAUAAGAAUCAAAGAAGAGAACGAGAGAAGAAAAAAAGAACUGGAAGAAAAGCAAAAGAAGGAGAAACUUUUAAAAGAAGAGAGAGAUAGAAUCGCUAAAAACAAAAAGGAAGAGGAGGAGAAAAAGCGCAAAGAAGAUGAGAGGAGAGAGCGACUCUUAAAGGAUCAGAAGGAAAAGGAGAAGCAGAAGGAGGAGGAGGAGGAGAGGAAGAAGAAACAAGACGAAGAGAAGAAAAGGAGGGAGGAGGAGGAGAAAAAGAAAGCAGUCAGGAGACUGAAGGAAGAAGAGGACAGGAAAAAGAAAGAGGUAGAAAGCAAAAUAAAGGAGAAGGAGGUGGCGGAGAGCAGAAGAACCAGAGAAGAAGAGGAUCACAAUGCUCUGGUGUGCAGAGUCGAGGUCAACAAGUCAGAUGAAGACAAGGAGAGGAUGAGGACUGCUGCUCCUCCCAGUUUAGACUCACAAGCCCUUCUCAGAGAUGCAACUCAGACUCUGGUUCCCGCUCCACACUUCCCCCCACUGGUCAAAUCUAAUCCUGCAGCCGAGCAGCUGCCCCCACAAUUACCCAGCCAAUCACAGGACAGACAGCUGACCAGCCCAGCAGCAAAUAAACCAAACUCUGCCUCCAAUCAGCGCUCACCCUCGGAAGAUGUUGCUGAUGGGGACGCCCCUGUGAGACAGGAGAAGCAACCGGAAACAGCAAAGGAUUCAGAUAAACAUAUAAAACCAUCGGCCACUCACACCGUCUCACCACCUGUUCAAGGGGAGCCCAAAGAGCCGGAGAAACCCACCGUUCAGACACCAGCCUCUUUCAAGCCUCCCCCCGAACCCGCUGGCGAGCCGACCACUGUGUCGCUGGAGCCACAGCUCCCCUCAAAACCAGAACCAGAGCCUCAGCUGGAACAAGAUCCUCAGCCGCAAGGCGAACUGCAGAUGGCGGGUACAGCCGAGCAGAAAGGAGAUGAUGUUAUGGUUGGCGAUCAGAAGAGUUUAAUGGGCAAAGCGAAGCCGCUGUGCGAUGCAGAGAAGCAGCUGUGGGCAUCUGUGGAGGAGACCACAGCGGAGAUGGCGGCAGAACAGGAGAUGGAAACUAGCAAAAGCACGGAGGACAAGGAGGAGAAGCAGAAAGAGGAGGAGAGUGUGAUAGGGGGUGCACAGACAGAGGCAGGUGUGUGUGCUGCAGAGCAGCAGAAGGAGGCGCCUGCUGGCUUCAUGUCAGCAGUAGCUGGGGUGUUGUACAGAGGCUACGAGACAGUGACCUCCUUCCUGCACACAACUGGAUCACAUGACACUGGUCAUCCACAGCCCUCUGCAGACCAACAAUGCCCACUUACAGCUAAUGAAAACCAGCCAUGUUUACAUGAAGUAGAGGCAGAGAUUAUUUCUUCCGCAGAGCCAAAUAACGAGCCACCCAGUAUCACCAGCAUGGACAUUUCACCCCCAAAGGCUUUCUCUGACACAGCAGAAAGUCAGGCAUUAACUGAGGAUAAGGUUUCCGAGAAGUCACAGAUAUCAGGCAAGACAUCUGGACUCAGUUUUGUGGCAAGUUUGCGACUAGCAGCCACUGAGCAGGAGAAGGAGAGAGAAGAGGAGAGAGAAAUGAUGGAAAAAGUUGAGAAGGAGGAAAAAGACAAGAAAGAAAGGGAAGAGAUGGAGAACGAGAAAGAAAGGCUGGAGAGGGAAGAGGAAGAGGAAAGAAAGAGGCUCGAAAAAAAGAAGGAGGAGCGGGAGAACAGGCAUAAGGAGGAGAAGGAAAAGAUGAGGGAAAUUCAACUACAGAGAGAGAAAACUAGUGAAGAAGAGAAGGAACUGGGCAAGGAAGUCAAUGGGGGGGAAAGAAAAGUUAUGGAAAAUAAAAAGAAGAAAAAGGUGGAGGAGAAAGGUGAGGGAGAGACGCCAACUUGGAUGAGGGAAAAGUACUCAGGUCUGUCAUCAGCGUCGACCAAUCAGAAUGUGAGUGGCAGCCAGCAGAGCACCUGUCCUCCACUGAGGGAGGCAGAGCUGGAUGAGAUUGCGUACGAUGAGAUGAUACAGGGUAAAAGCGACGACUGCAAGUCUGAUCCCGAGCUAGUGGGUCCCGCCAGGCCUAACCCUGAGAGCUCUGUCUGUGAGGAUAAGAAAACCCUGAGUCGUCCUGGUCAGAGGUCAGUUCAAAUAGCUGCCUCCAGCCUUAAGCAGGAUGCUGUCCCGGUGUUGCUGAGAAGGGAUGAGGAAGAGGAAGUAGAGUUUGAGAGAGGACAUGAAGACCUUGGCUCCAUCUGGCUGGCUGAGCUGUACAUGGAGGGGGAAGCAGGCCUGGGCCGCCCAUCUCCCUCUACUGCUCAGAAGCCCUUUUCACUCCCCCGCAGUGAACAAACUAUUUGUCAGAGCUCUGAUGCCAGUCAGCCAAAUAAACUUGAACUUCCUGAGACCAGUCAGACUAACAGUCCACAUCCCAACGCCCCUUUGGUGUCUCAAAAGGAGGAAGCAUUCCUCACAAAGACAGGUCACGCUCUGGGGGCUGCAUCCAAAGAGGAUGGAGAGUUUGAUCUAUCGUCUGUUGUGCCGUGGCCCCUCCCACCAAACACACACGCUCCAAGCAUAGACCGUGACUCCAAAUGCGCAGAGACACACUCUGAUACGAACACCAGUGAGAUGCCUGACCACACAAAGGUAGCCACACACUCACAAGAGAGUCUUGAAACGAGGCCUGACAAUGACGAGAGUUCCUCCGUUUUAAAGAAAAACGCCAGCACCUCAAACGCUGACUCAAAUGUCCACCACAGCCCCUCCAGAGACCAGCAGCUACAAGAAGAGGAGCGGUUCCUAUUAGCUAAACUCUGCCAGAUGUCAGGGGACACAUCCCCUGUCUGUGAGCCCCGUGGCAUGAAACGUCUCAUUCCCAUACCUGAUGACUUUGACUUGGAAACCACAGAGAGUAAAAGCCAAUCAGACACCCCCACGGAUCUUAUUGAUCAUAGUCAGCACGCAGUUGUCCCCUGCAUCGAUGCCCUACAGGAAAUAACUCUAAGUGAGCCAGAAGAGCUACUGGGGAAGGAGGAACUCUCGGAAUUGAAAGCUUUCUUCGUUGCGUUUGAUGGCUUCGAGUCGCUGGGCAUCUCUCGUCUGUUGGAGCCCUCCGACAUGGUUCUUCUGUCCAUCCCCGACAGGCUCAUAGUCAUGACUUACCUCAGCCAGAUCCGCUCACAUUUCACCAACCAGGAGCUGAGCGUGCUGCAGAUAGAGCACAACAGCAGUCAGUCCAGCUACGGCCUCGCCCUCUCCGGUCCCGCCCCCACCGAGGUCGACGCUGCCGCCUUCUGCAUGGCCAGGCUGAAUGAAGGCGUCAGCCUGGAGGAGGGAGGGAGCAGCACCAUUGCCGUUCCACCGCCCAGAACCAAACGAGUAGUUAAAGACGAGUCUAUAACACCAGUGGCCCCCCCAAGAUCGAUCCCCAAAGCACCCAGAUCUGGACAAACACAGGGCAAAGAUACAAAGACUGACUCUUCGCCAGACAACCCAAAUAAAACAGGGCAGCAGAGUGCAGCUGAGACCCAGCCUCCCAAACAAAAUGAGGAAACUAUGGACACCAGCCAGUAUGUCUUAAGUGAAUUGGCAGCGUUGGAAACGGAGCAGAAGCACAUCGACAGCAGAGCUGCGGUGGUGGAGCGCCGCCUGCGGAGCCUCAUGGAAACAGGAAGUGACCGCGAUGAAGAGGAAAGGCUGAUACAGGAGUGGUUUACUUUGGUGAACAAGAAAAACGCUUUGAUUCGCCGGCAGGACAACCUGGAGCUUCUACAAGAGGAACAGGAUCUGGAGAGGAAGUUCGAGCUUCUCACCAGGGAAUUACGGGUCAUGAUGGCUAUCGAAGAUUGGCAGAAGUCGGCCACUCAGCAGCAGAGGGAGCAGCUGCUCCUCCAAGAGCUGGUGUCACUGGUCAACCAACGGGACGAGAUCAUCAGAGACAUCGACGCCAAAGAGAGAGGCGCGCUGGAGGAAGACGAGCGCCUGGAGAGGGGUCUGGAAAUGAGGAGGAGAAAAUACAGCAAUAAAGACAAAUGUGUGUUACAAGACCACCCAAGUGCGAUAAAGCGCCGCUGUGCCAGCGUGCUGCUGGUCUCUGCCCUGUCCCCGGCUCUCCUGAGGGCAUGGAUGCACUGGGCUGACGUCAGCGUUUUCUAUCUAGGGCCAAUAGUUCACUCUGCACUGGACAACCCCGACGGCUUCACGGGGGAACUGCAGGCUGCUCUGGAUGUUCAGCGGUGGAGGCUGUGCGCGCGGGACGCGCUGUGGCUCAGGAACCAGGUGGUGGCGCCGCUGACGGAGGAGCUGGUGUUCAGAGGGGCCAUGCUGCCCAUGCUGCUGCCCUGUGCCGGACCCACGGCGGCCGUCCUCACAGCGCCGCUGUUCUUUGGUGUUGCACAUUUCCACCAUAUCAUAGAACAGCGGCGCCUUGGAAAGGACAGUAUGAGUGUCAUCCUCCUUGUGGCAGGGCUGCAGUUCCUCUACACGACUGUGUUCGGUGCCUUUCCUGCUUUUGUGUUUCUGAGAACUGGUCACCUGGUGGGCCCCGUUUUGUGCCACUGCAACAGUCAGGGCCUGCCGGACGUCGGCUCUGCCCUGCAGCACCCUCAACAGGCGGUCAUCCUCUGCUCGUAUCUGACCGGAGUCCUGCUGUUCCUCCUGCUGCUCUUCCCGCUGACCGACCCCUUUUUCUACGGUGCCAUUCCCGUCUGUAGCCUGGCCACCCCUCCGGAAUCUGUGUGUUAA